AUGAUCAGAAAACAAGCAAGAGAAAGGAGGGAGUAUCUUUAUAGAAAAUCAUUACAGCUUCAAGAAGCCUCGCGUACUGAAAAGCGUCAACAGCUUAAAGCAGCUUUAGCACUGGGGAAACCAUUGUCUAAAGAAUUGGCAGAAGACACACAACUACAACGCGAUUUCAUAUACGACCAAAGUGAGCAAGACCAGCUAGAUAUCGACGACGAAUAUAGUGCACUUUCAGGUAUAUCGGAUCCAAAGGUGGUCAUCACCACAUCGAGAGACCCAAGUGUUCGAUUAUUGCAAUUCUCCAAAGAAAUUAAGUUGAUGUUUCCAAAUAGCUUGAAGUUGAAUCGUGGUAACUACAUCAUUAAUGACUUGGUCAAGACUUGUACCAGAGUCCAGGUUUCGGACUUGAUAAUAUUACAUGAGCAUAGAGGUGUACCUACAUCUCUUACGGUCAGCCAUUUCCCACAUGGACCAACAGCUAUAUUCACUUUACACAAUGUUAAGUUAAGACAUGAUUUACCAAACUUGGGUAAUAUAAGUGAAUCCUAUCCUCAUUUGAUUUUUGAAAAUUUCAAUACGCCAUUGGGUAAAAGGGUGGUUAAGAUAUUGCAACAUUUAUUCCCACCUGGCGUCAAACGGGACUCGUCAAGGGUAAUUACAUUUGUUAACAAUGACGAUUAUAUAAGUGUGAGACAUCACGUUUACGUGAGAACCAGAGAUAGUGUCGAGAUCAGUGAGAUUGGACCGAGGUUUGAGAUGAAAUUGUACGAAAUUAGGUUGGGAUUGGCUGAUAAUACUGAUGCCGAUGUUGAGUGGCAAGUGAGGAGGUUUAUACGUACAGCAAAUAGAAAGAACUACUUGUAA